UCAGCAGCAUUAACUCUUUUUGACGCCCGACUUCAAGUCUCCCCACUUUCCUGCGCACUGCGCACUGCACACGCACCCCCACCCGACCCCAACUCUUCCUCGACAAGCAAAGAGGGGUUGUAAGAGAGAAGACUGCAAGUAAACCAAGUAGAGAAGAUACAAGGGCGUCAACAGCGACUACGGUUGCAUGGAUCCUGGCCCGACCGAUCUCGGUGUCGUUGAUCCAUUUCCGCCGCCUCCAUCAUCUCCUCAGCAGCAGCAACGGAAACCGCCGAGCCGAUACGAGUCGCAGAAGCGGCGAGACUGGAACACCUUCCUUCAGUACCUGAGGAGCCACCGGCCGCCGCUCAGCCUGGCGCGCUGCAGCGGGGCUCACGUGAUCGAGUUCUUGAAGUACCUGGACCAGUUCGGGAAGACGAAGGUGCACGCGACCGGGUGCACCUACUUCGGCCACCCGAACCCGCCGGCGCCGUGCGUCUGCCCGCUGAAGCAGGCGUGGGGCUCGCUCGACGCGCUCGUCGGGCGCCUCCGGGCCGCCUACGAGGAGAACGACGGCGUGCCCGAGUCCAACCCCUUCGGCGCGAGGGCCGUCGGCAUCUACCUUCGCGAGGUGAAGGAGAGCCAGGGCAGGGCUCGCGGCGUCCCUUACCACAAGAAGAAGAAGAAGAAGAAGAAGAAGAAGCGGAAGCUCCUACAGGACACAGCGGCGGCCACCAGCGGAGGGGAGGCUUCAUUGUUUCCUGCUGUUGGUGCUUCUAUUGCUGACGACGCGACUGGUGCUCGUAAUAGCAGUGCUGUUGCUGCAGCCUUGAGUAGUUCGGAGGCCGGUGAGGGAUCGCGUGCUACGCCAGCUGGCUCGUCAUCAUCUUCUUGAGUGUCGAUUCCUCUUGUUUAGUUCUUCUUGCUGCAAUUUGGCAGUCAGCGCAGGGGAAGGAUACAUGAGCCUAUGCAUCUGAUGUUCUUGGCUCUAAAUUCCGUAUAAUUGUCAUGAGGCUGACCAACUUGGGAGACUGAUUCAGUAAAUUUUGAUGGAAUUGGUGCAUGAUAUAUAAUAGGUAAUCGAAACGUGUUGUUCCGAUUCUUGUCA